AUGGCAAGUGCGAUACCAGGAGGAUUACAACAACCAUUACAAGGGAUGUCCUAUAACAGCCCUUCUUCUAAAGAUCUUUUUCGCUUAGCUAAUAUUACGUAUCAGCCACAAACAGAAGUAUCACCUACUUAUGUUGCGGACAUACUUAGCAAGGCUACGACGACUUUAAUGACAAAGCUUACGUUCACAUUCUCAAUUAUUGAUAAACCACAAGAAGGACAGAUAUACCUCAUAUCUCUAGCUCCAAACGCGGUGGAAAUUCCAUCAGAUGGGUAUGUACCAAAA